AUGGCUGCGGUCCAGCAAAUAAUGACAACACCUGAUGAAAAGUCAGUCAAUAGGAUGAACGCGCACUGGGAACUUCUCCACGACUUACUUCCAUCUAGUAUACUUGAUUGGGCUCAUACUGGCUGGUACCCAGAAUACUGGGAGUAUUGCAAGGCCUUAUACACACCAGACUAUAAGGAGGAAUGGCGCAACGUUGGGAUUCCUAAUUUCUUAACCGCGUAA